CGUCGCAUCCCCUCCCGGUCAAGAGACUUAGAACCCGCCUACAGCCGCCUGAGGGAGCUGCUGCUGGACAGUCCCUAGUGGCCAGGCGCUCCUGGGGCCCCGCGCCCUCCCCCGGGCCUCCCGGCCCCUGUCACUGCUCCCUCCCGGUACCCGCCCCGAGCCCCACGCAGUCAUCUCCAUGGAGCAGCUGCUGCGCGCGGAGCUGCGGACCCGGAGCCUACGGGCCUUCGGGAGCCCAGGCGCGGGCUAUAUCAGCGAGGGCCGCGCCUACGACACAGACUCAGGGGCCGUAUUCGUGAAGGUCAACCGCAGGUCCCAGGCCCGACAGAUGUUCCUGGGGGAGAUGGCCAGCCUGGAGGCCAUCCGGGCUACAGGCCUGGUACGGGCACCUCAGCCAAUCAAGGUGAUUGACCUGCCUGGAGGCGGAGCUGCCUUCCUGAUGGAGUACCUGAAGAUGAGGAGCUUGAGCAGCCAGGCAUCGCAACUUGGAGAGCAGAUCGCAGACUUGCACCUUCACAACCAGAAGCUUGGGGAGAAGUGGAAGGAGGAGGAAAGCACAGUGGGCCGAAGGGCUGAGGGUGCUGAGCCCCAAUACGCGACCAAGUUUGGCUUCCACACGGUGACCUGCUGUGGCUUCAUCCCACAGGUGAACGAGUGGGAGGAGGACUGGCCGGCCUUCUUCUUCCGGCACCGGCUUCAGGCACAGCUGGAUCUCAUUGAGAAGGACUAUGCUGACAGAGAAGCACAGGAGCUCUGGUCUCAGCUUCAGGUGAAGAUCCCAGAUCUGUUUUGUGGCCUGGAGAUCGUCCCUGCCCUACUCCAUGGGGACCUCUGGUCGGGCAAUGUGGCUGAGAAUGACGAGGGGCCCAUCAUUUACGACCCAGCUUCCUUCUACGGCCACUCAGAGUUCGAGCUGGCCAUUGCUUCGAUGUUUGGGGGCUUCCCCAGGGCCUUCUUCACAGCCUACCACAGCAAGAUCCCCAAGGCCCCCGGCUUCGAGAGGCGGCUGCAGCUCUACAAGCUCUUUAACUACCUGAACCACUGGAACCACUUUGGGCAGGAGUACCGCAGCCCCACCCUGGGUACCAUGAGGAAGCUUCUGAAGUAGCAGCCUGCCAUGCCCUUUAGCCCCCAAGCUGCCCUUCUCCUUGCUUGCAAAUAAUCAAUAAAGCCUGGAAGCCAUGCUCUCA